UUCCAGCAGCGGAAUGGCUGCAUAGGAAAUAUUCAAUCUAGUGAUUUGUAAAUCAUGAGCAUCGGUGGUUUCGUUUGUACUUCUAUUUUGAAAGAGGCUUCAGGAGAUCAUUGACAUCGUGUUACCGUAAUGCACAGUGUAAACACAUAUUGACAAUCGAAGUGGAUGAUGGCAUGACCUCGUCUUUUGAAGUGUUGGCGUUCCUGACCGCUUUUGGGAGUUUACUUGUGUUCCAGUCGUAUUUUUCAGCACAUGAUAGAAGAUGAAUGAGGACGCCUUUGAGGUACCGGAAAGGAACGAGUACCGCUACCUGGUGCAGGAGGAGGAUGAAGAGGAGGUGCAAUAUGUUCGACACAGACACUACAUCAGCCCCUUCCUGGUGCUUUCCAGACGCUGCAUUUUGCUCAUCUGCCUCGGGGUGCUGGCUCUCCUUGUUCUGGCCACUUACCUGGGCUAUGUAGCCCAGACACUCCCAUCUGGAUUUGUCCAAGUGACCACUGACUGUGGCAAAUUCAGAGGAAGACAAAAAAACGGUGCCUACUCCUUUAAAGGCAUGUCAUAUGCAGCUCCGCCAGUUGGUAAACUGCGUUGGGCACCUCCUGCCGACCCAGUGUGUCGGGAUGGUGUCACGGAUGCCACCCGCUUCCGCGGCGUGUGUCCUCAAGUGCAACCGCUGUCAAGCACAGGCAAGGUGAUAGGCCAAGAGGGCUGUCUCUUCAUCAAUGUGUGGACACCAACGCUCAAGGCCGACGCAAAGCUGCCCGUCAUGGUCUGGAUCCAUGGAGGUUAUCUACACAUGUUCAGUGGUAGCGAGCAAGGCUACUCACCCACGGAGAAGCUUGCAGCAGAAACUGGGAUGGUGUACGUCAGCUUCAAUUACAGACUCAAUGCAUUUGGCUUCCUGGCACUGGAGAUACUAAGGGAAGGCUCUCCGAAAAACACUUCAGGGAAUUAUGGCUUCAUGGACCAGAUUUUUGCAUUAAAAUGGGUACAAAGAAACAUCCACGUUUUUGGAGGCGAUCCUGGGAAAGUUACCAUCUUUGGCCAGAGUUCAGGUGGAACCUCCGUGUGGACCUUGAUGAUGUCACCGCUCGCGAAGGGUCUCUUCCAUGCGGCAGUGGAUAUGAGUGGCUCGUAUGUGUACAAUGCCACAUUGGAACAGGCUGAGUCGGACAAUUUGGUCUUUCUGAAGAACACAGGCUGCAAGGACAUUGCAUGCCUUCGACAUCUCUCUGUUAAAGAGAUAUUACAGGCUAUCCCAUGGCAGCAAUACCCCUCCUGGGCUGCAGAUGACUUGGUUAACCUUCCGACCAAGGGGCUCUUCUGUGGUCCUGUUGCAGUGGUGGACGGGUAUGUCCUUGAAGCAUCACCGUUUGAGAUAUGGGAAAAGAAAGGAGCUUACAAUGAUGUUCCCUUCGUCAUUGGGACAACAGAGCAGGAAGUGGACUUCAGUCCAUCGCCUGAAAAUAUUUCCAUGUGGACCUGGGGCGACUACAAGUGGUUUGUGACAGAAAAACUCAAGUCUUUUAGCGAGAAUCUUCCUAAAGCAGCAUUAGAGCUUUAUCCCUCCUCCGACCCCUGCCCCACCACAGACCGCUGUCCUGAGAGAGCAUACACGACCAUGGUUUCUGACAUCAGAGUGACAUGUCCCAACAAUGAUCUAGCCCAGAAGGCCGCUGCGGCCCUUCAGAGUCCUGUUUAUCGCUAUGUAGUGACGCACACGCCUUCUGGAGCAGUCAACACAACUAUUCCUCUGAUGCCGUUUCACAGCCGCUUCUCUUUCCACUGCUUGGAUAUCAUUGCUUUCUUUGGGGGACUGGAGUUAGUUCUGGGGAAACCACUCUCUGAUCAAGACAAGAGUUUCCAGGAUCUUGUAACACAGCAUCUCGUGAACUUUGCCAAAACAGGGAAGAUGGUUGAUGGGUGGUCCGCUUACCCAGCAGCCACUGCCCUCCUGUCCAGGAAACUUUUGUUUGUCAACGAAUAUUCAGCUGCGCGCUGUCAGUUGUGGAAGGAGAACGGCCUAUAUGCCUAUGCGUGGAUAAACUGAUCAUACAUUGGCGUUCACUAACGUGCAAAGAAAAAAAUUGUUCAGCUGUGUUUUGCUUGGCCGUGCUUCAAAAUUUGUUGUAAAGGGAAUAUAUUCUGUUUAAGUUGCUUGUAAGCAUAUCACAAUUUAAAAAAAAAAAAACAAAACAUUAUUACAUUUUAACAGCAGCCUGUCCUUGUUGAAUUGUAUGACACAUUUUCAAACAAGUUGCGAAAAUGAUAAAAUAUUUCACAUUU